UCAAAUAUAGUUGAAAGUCAAGGCCGAAUCGCAUAUUAGCAACAAGCUGUGAUUCCUCGAGGUGUGCCAUCUGGUCGUCUUUACAUCCCAAUCCGCCCGUCCCAUUAAAAUGGCAGCAACGACGACUUCACAAUCGAGCACCAGCAAUGUCUUGGGACUAGCAUGGACUUUUGGCCUCAAUAAAAGCAUUCUUGGAGGAGUCCACAACCUGAGUGAUAGCGGUAGAAAGGUCAUAUUCUACGCGGCCGCCCACACAGGUGUGCUCUACGACUAUGCGAACGGCAAACAGCAGCUUCUCCAAGGCCAUUGCAAUCAAAUAACAGCCCUCACGACCUCUUCCGACAAACGAUUUCUGCUGACGGCAGAUCAGGGCAAUGAUUCAAUGAUUAUUAUCUGGGAUACCACAGUUGGAAGUCCCGCUACAAAGGACACUACCACCGAUGGGCCAAAUAAUGCAGCGCUUAACGCUCUUCCUAUCAGAACAAUCUUUGAUUCCCAUGGAGGAGCAGGAGUCAUUGCGGCCGAGUUUACGAACGACUCGAAGUAUGUGGUGACGCUGGGAAAUGACUCGCCACAGACUAUUUCCAUUUGGGAUUGGACGACAGAAAGCGAUGAACCUGUCGUCUCUACUAUUGUGGACGGCGAGGCGCAGACAUCCCUUAAAAUCAACCCUGAGGACUUUACGGAAUUUCUCACCACCGGUCCCCAUUCAGUGAAUUUCUUCACAUGGUCUCCUGACGCCGGAAUCAGCCAGCAUGUUCCCGUCCUCAGCCCCAAGGACUUCAAGCACACGCCUUCCUCAUUCACCCAUUCUACUUUCCUCCCUUCGACGCCAUCGAACACUAUCGGACAGGCUAUCAGUGCAACCGCAGACGGAGACGUAAUUGUGUGGACAGAUCGGAGUCUAAAUAAUCUAAGUGUAAAAAUGGAGAGAGGAAAGAAAGCAGGAGUUAAAAUAAUGCGGUUACAUACUGGUGCCAUCAAUAUUGUGAUGGUUAUGCAGGGAAAAUGGCUUGUGACUGGAGGUGAAGAUGGGUUUGUAAGGGUUUACGAUAUGCAGUUUCGUUUGAUUGUUUGGUUUGAGCGUCUUCGAGCAGGUCCUAUCUCCUCAAUUUCCCUUGGAGGAGGUGCAAUAAAUUUGGAGCAAGAUGAUGGUGCUGAUUCCUUGUCCGAUGCGGACAUUCCGGCUCUGAUUGUCGCUACGAAGCAUUCUCGUGUACUCCUCCUUACGAAUCUUGGAGAAGGCGUUACUCGGGAUACGGUAGCAAAGGGGGGGAUCGCUGCGAAUGCGGCAAUAAAAACACUCCUUGAGGGUCAGUACGAUUCCAUGCACGGACUAGCUGUUCAUCCGACUCUUCCAAAAUUCGCGGUAGGGGGAUAUAGUGGUUGGGUUCAUGUAUGGGACUACACAACAAAACAGUUGGUUACAUCCCGUCGAUUUGAAGAACCUCAUGAAGAGAACCCCCAUAUAGUCAAAAUCGGCAAAAAGAAGCAAGAGCACAAUGCAGAUAUACUGAAAGUACAGUGCAUGGCAUUCUCUCCAGAUGGCAAGACACUAGCAAUUGGCUUUACAAAUGGCACUGUACGCCUCGUUCAUACGCAAACAUUGCAGGACUUCCACCAAUCCACACCUGCGUCUCAUCGUCCCGGAAUACCUGGAUACGCAGCAUCCAAAAAACCCAUUAUGAGAGCCGUCUUCUCCAAUGACUCGCAAUGGAUGGCAAUUGCUGAUGAGGGUUACGCUGUUGGAGUUUUCAGAUUUGGCCCAAAGGACGAAUGGGGAUUUGUGGGCAGAUGUAGAGCACAUUAUGGAGAGAUAGUUGGGCUAGUUUUCGUUCCCCCGGCGCCAGAUAUGACUUAUCCUCGCCUCCUUUCAAUUUCACACGACAGACAAAUCGCCGAAUACGACUUGGAAAAAUCCAGCAUUACAGCCGGCAUUGUCAUCAGUUCCCUCACAAGAAUCGAUCAAACUCACAGUCCGCUCUGUGCAGUCCUCCAUCCGUCCCCUCCCAUUCGCGGCCCGCACGAUGCGCCUCAGUAUUACAUACUAACAGCCAACACUGGAGCCAAGUUUCGCUUGUAUACUGCGGAAUCGGGCAUGUGUCGACGAACUGUUGUUGCACCUAGAUAUGGAGGGGAGCUGCGGGGUUUGGCGGUUGUAAACAAGAAAGAUGGACAAGGCGGUGAAGAUGACAACACAUUUUUGGCAUAUAUGACGACGGACAAGGUGAUUGGCCUCAUUAAGCUCCCCCUGGACGGUAACCCACAUAAAUCUAUGGGUUUGAUAGCUCAUCCCGGUGCAAUUGCCGCUCUGGUGCCAACACCGACCGGUUCACAUCUGCUAACAGUCGGAUGUGACGAUGGUGUCAUAAACUUAUGGUCCAUCAACCCUGCUGCCCUGGAUACGCAAAUCGCCCUUGGUGGAGAGGAACUAGAGCCUUUUCUCGAUUUGCUUUUCGCUGGGCAAUCGGAAAGAGCAGCAUUUGUGCGAGAGAUGGAAGAUUACUUUUAUUAUGCUCAGCUAAGAAGCCAAGGCGAAGAUGUAACCCGCAACCGUCAAAUAUCCACCACCGUCGCUCUCGGAGAAGUUCCUUCCAUCAUGCAAGCCAUGGGAUACUAUCCAUCCUUCCAAGAAAUUGAAGACAUGUUGAAUGAAGUUCGGUAUUCAGGGUGGUUUGAAGGGUACGCGGCGGACCUGAGGGAAAGUGUAACGUUUGAAGAGCUCAUCAGACUCUACGUGAAUCAUCGCCCGAUAGAAGAUUAUGCUCAAUCAGACAUUGAUGCGUCUCUUGCCCAUGCAAAGCGCCUCGAACCCGGUGUGCCCCGUGGCAUCGAGGGUGUACUACCGCCUAUCUCCGCUGCUGACAAAAUCUCUAGAGAGGGUCUUAUGGCACUAUUACAGCAAUACGGCGAAACUUUGUCCUCUGCGGAUUUUUUGGAUACAUUCCAGACACUAUUGAUCAAUGAUCCACGAUAUAAUGGGACUUUCCCGGACGAGUUUUCUAGUCAAGAAUUUGUGGAGGAGAUUUUAGGGUUGAUCCCGCAAGUGACACCGCAAAUAGACGUGUGACAGUAAACUUAUUUAUUUGACCAUAGUUAUAAACUCCAUAUCAGUUUAAAGAUUGCAUAGGCAUAAAGCGGGGUGACACAUUUGCCACGCAUUCUUACCAA